AGCUAGCUGGUGCUGUUCCAGCCUCCCUCUGUACAGAUUUGGGCGGGGCGUUGGAGAAAGAGAAAGAGAGAGAGAGAGAGAGAGAGAGAGAGGGAGAAUGCAGCCUCUGUCUCUGCUCUCCUUCCGUUUGUAGGAUCAGGCUGCCUCUGCUCGUUUCGUCCCUUAAAUGAUGGCCACUGCCGCGUUACUCCCUCCAUCCAUUUCGCCGACCCAUCGCGGAUGUUAGGACGGCUGUUGAAAAAUCGACACCCUACGUUUCAGAUAUGGCCCAUAUCGGGGCGUUCUGACACAGGAACGGCACCAAGUGGAUGAUCUAAACGCACGUUUAGGAGGACCGAGAGGGGAGAGAGCGGAGACUAUUGUGCACCCAGGGUCUGCGGAGAGAGAGAGGAUAGCUCGAUGGUCUGUUGGUGCAGAAAAUUCGCCAUUGUCUGGAUGUGCAAAUCUCCGGCGAGCCCUGAGAACAGAAGCCCGAUCGACUCCUUUCCAUGAACAACAGUAGAGAUACCAUGAUCUCAUCGGUGCCUCGCGUUUUAUAUCUGCUGUGCUCUAUCCAGACCAUUGUGUCCUUCCAGGUGUCAGUUAAAGAGGAGGACUGGAUCGUAGUGACCCUGGAGCCAUCUGACCUGCGGGAGAACGUGACGGGGUAUGCUGCCCGGGUGAUGGGCGAGCCCCGAACCCACCUGCUACCAUUCCUGAACCUGACCGACCCCACCGCGACACCUCUGGUCUUUAACUCCUCCCACCACGGACUCUGCUACACCGUUAGCCUGCUGCUCAGACAGGGGAAGACCUGGUCCAAGUCCAUCCAGACUGUAUCUGUCCUCACCAAGCCGCGUCCGGUGGACAGUGUGGUGAUCACAGACUACCCAGAGGCUCCAGAGACAGGUGUGGUGUUUGAGAUCAGCUCCCCAGAGAACAACGUCUUCAGUCGGGUCAACAUCAGCUACGCAGAGGGCCGGGAGCAGAGAUCCAUGCUCUAUAAAGACUUCUAUAAGGGAAAGACUGUGUUUAAACACUGGCUCCCUGGGACGUGUUACAGCAACAUCUCCUUCCAGCUGAUCUCUGAAGCUACAGUCAACAGAACCACACUGGUCCGACGCAGCGACCUGACCCAUGAACCCCGGCAACACAGGACAGUGCCCAACCCUCCCCUCAACAUCUCCCAUAAGAUCGUACCACUCAGCCAGAGGGUGCUACCAGGGGGGGUCCCUAGCUCCGAGGUGACCCAGGACACGCCCCGGCGGGCGCGGGAUGUCCCCCUCAUAGAGGAACAGGAAUUACAGGAGAACCAGGAGAUACAGGAAGUGAUCUCAGAGGAGGUGGUGGGCGGAACCACCCAGGUCUCCUACAGCUCCGCCCCUCAGGGCUCCAACAGCUCGACAGGCUAUGCCACCUCUAUCUCUAACACUAACAACACAGAAGAAGAGACCGCCACGCAGCCCUAUUGGCCGGAGCCCUACGGUAGUCCCUCCCCUACGGAUGGAGAGGAGGAGUUUGUGAACGCGGUGGUCCCAGAGUAUGAGGACUCCAAUGAGCCGGGCUCUGCCAUGAGCCUGCCCCCAGAGAUCUCCGUCACCCCCACCCGCUUUCCUCCCAUACUGCUGGAGCUACGCUGGCUACCCCCCCGACCCCCCACCACAUACGACAGGUUCAACGUCUACAUCUACAGAGACGGUAACUCUACAGAGACGGCCACGGUGGAUGAGAACACUCAUGAGUUCUUCACGGAGCUGACAGAGCCUGGUACCUAUAGAGUCCAGGUCACCACACUGAGCUCCGCAGGAGACUGUGAGGCCAGGGAGAGCACCGCGUAUACAGGGCUCACCUUCUAUCUCAGCCCCAGUGGAGAGGUGCUGGAGCAGCCCCAGGAGCGGCCCCAGGGUGUCAGUAUCAGGCUGCUGGGCUCCAGUACUGCAGCGGUGUCCUGGGCCCUGUCCUCUGAGAGCCACAACGGCAGCCUGGUGUCAGUCCUGUCCCUAACCUGCCUCCGACCCAGCCUCAGCCAACGCAUGGAGAACACAUACUGCAGUGAGGAGAACACGACCAGUGACAUCCUGUCCAACCUGACUCCAGGUGCCCAGUACAGAGUGGUGGUGUACCAUACUAACGGUCCUCUCAUCAGUCCUCCUUCCGAACCUGUUAUCAUAGUCAUCGAGCCAACCGGAGUGCGGGAGCUGGUGGUGUAUUCUCUGAGCCCGACUGCAGUCAUCCUGUCGUGGCAGAGACCGUACCACGUGGCAUUCAGGAAGUACGUCCUGCAGACAUUCUUCUUCAACCCUGUCACGCUGGCCUCCGAGUGGACCACGUACUACGAGAUCGCUGCUACCGCCUCAGUCAUCGCAUCCGUGAGAGUGACAGAUCUGUUGCCGGCCUGGUACUACAACUUCCGUGUUACCAUGGUGACGUGGGGCGAUCCCCCUCUCAGCUGCUGUGACAGCUCUACUGUUAGCUUUGUUACAGCUCCUGAGGCCCCCCACAUCUCGUCAGUAGACUACAACCAUGGGACUCUGUACGUCCGCUGGACCUACGGGGAGCUCUUCAUAGACAUGUCCCACAGCAGGAUGCUACACUGGCAGGUCACAGCUCACGGCAAGAAGGGAUCCAAGAGGACUUACUCCACUGAUGUCAUCCGUAAUGUGAUGGGUGCCAGUCUGGCCCUGCCUCCAGGAGACAUUUAUAACCUGACUGUAUCAGCCUGUACCGAAGGCAAACGCAACUCCUCUGUCCCCAACAUCAUUAAACUGGAGCCAGCCCCUCCGCGGUCCCUGUACGCGGUGAACGCCACCCACUCCUCAGUGACCCUGCUCUGGAGCGGGGAGGGAGUGGUUGACUUCUACCAGGUGCUCUGUAAACCCACCAACACCAUCAACAAGGACCUCAAGGCUCGGGAGCCUCUAACAGCCCAGUCCCAUAUGGUGACAGUGUCCAGCCUGCUACCCUCCUCCUCCUAUAACUGCAGUGUGAUCAGUUAUAGCUACAGUACUCCCAGCGAGCCAGCCUUCAUACACAUCUCUACUACAGCCAGAGAGAUGAACCCCAGCGUAGCUGCCAUCUCUGCUCUAGCAGUCCUCAGUGUCCUCCUUCUCAGCCUGCUGGUCCUCUUCCUACUGAUGCUGCGUAGGAAACACCUGCAGAUGGCCAGGGAGUGCGGAGCAGAAACAUUCGUCAACUUUGCUUCGUUUGAGAGAGACAGCAAACUGCCCUACAACUGGUAGGAAUUACCACAUCUCUACACUGAACCAGAAACCCAAAACAACAAGUCUGCUGUCCUCAGUCAACCAGACUAUCUGAAUGUUCAAAUCCAUUCCUCUAAUCCAUCAGACCAGGGAGAGAGAGAGAGGCUACAACUCUGUUUAACACUGGCUAGAGUUAGUAGGAAUAACCUCUAAUCCAACUAUCAGACCAGGGAGAGAGAGAGAGGCUACAACUCUGUUUAACACUGGCUAGAGUUAGUAGGAAUAACCUCUAAUCCAACUAUCAGACCAGGGAGAGAGAGAGAGAGGCUACAACUCUGUUUAACACUGGCUAGAGUUAGUCGGAAUAACCUCUAAUCCAACUAUCAGACCAGGGAGAGAGAGAGGCUACAACUCUGUUUAACACUGGCUAGAGUUAGUAGGAAUAACCUCUAAUCCAACUAUCAGACCAGGGAGAGAGAGAGAGAGGCUACAACUCUGUUUAACACUGGCUAGAGUUAGUAGGAAUAACCUCUAAUCCAACUAUCAGACCAGGGAGAGAAAGAGAGGCUACAACUCUGUUUAACACUGGCUAGAGUUAGUAGGAAUAACCUCUAAUCCAACUAUCAGACCAGGGAGAGAGAGAGAGAGGCUACAACUCUGUUUAACACUGGCUAGAGUUAGUAGGAAUAACCUCUAAUCCAACUAUCAGACCAGGGAGAGAGAGAGAGAGGCUACAACUCUGUUUAACACUGGCUAGAGUUAGUAGGAAUAACCUCUAAUCCAACUAUCAGACCAGGGAGAGAGAGAGUGGCUACAACUCUGUUUAACACUGGCUAGAGUUAGUCGGAAUAACCUCUAAUCCAACUAUCAGACCAGGGAGAGAGAGAGGCUACAACUCUGUUUAACACUGGCUAGAGUUAGUAGGAAUAACCUCUAAUCCAACUAUCAGACCAGGGAGAGAGAGAGAGAGGCUACAACUCUGUUUAACACUGGCUAGAGUUAGUAGGAAUAACCUCUAAUCCAACUAUCAGACCAGGGAGAGAGAGAGAGAGGCUACAACUCUGUUUAACACUGGCUAGAGUUAGUAGGAAUAACCUCUAAUCCAACUAUCAGACCAGGGAGAGAGAGAGGCUACAACUCUGUUUAACACUGGCUAGAGUUAGUAGGAAUAACCUCUAAUCCAUCAGACCAGAGAGAGAGAGGCUACAACUCUGUUUAACACUGGCUAGAGUUAGUAGGAAUAACCUCUAAUCCAACUAUCAGACCAGGGAGAG